AUGUUGGACGAGACUAAGAAAUUCACAAGAAAUCGUCUCAAGAAAGUUAGGGAAAAAGAAGGCAUGAACCAAAUAGUUGCAGAUGAAGUAAAUCAUGCACUAGAAACUCCACUAAACCACAGGAUGAAAAGGUUGGAAGCUCGAUGGAGUAUUGAAGCUUAUUGUAAGAGACACGGUGCAAAACCAGACUUACUUCAACUCGUAUAUCUAGAUUUCAAUAUGACACAAUUAAUUCUUCAAAAAAAUCUGAGAGACAUGUUAAGGUGGUGGACUACUUUGGGGAUAUCAAAUAAAUUUACAUUUGCAAGAGAUAGAUUAAUGGAAUGCUUCUUUAGGUUGCUUGGAAUGGCGGAUGAUGAGCCCCAACUUAGCAAUUGUCGAAAAGCACUUACAAAAGUAGCUACUCUUCUCACCAUCUUCGAUGAUAUUUAUGAUGUUUAUGGCACAUUAGAUGAACUUGAACUUUUCACAUACGUAGUUAAUAGAGGGGAUGUGAAGAAUGAUGACAACCUUCCUGACUACAUGAAGUUGUUUUUAUUAGUACUCUACAACACCAUCAAUGAUGUGGUUUAUGAAAUUCUUGAGAAAGGAGAAAUUGUUCUUCAUUAUCUCACAAAAGCGUCCAUACCCAUAUUUGAAGACUACUUGGAAAAUGCAUGAUUGUCAUCCUCAGGACCCCUUUUCCUAAUUCAUUCUUACUUUUUUAUAACUCCAGAUUUUUCCAAGAAGGAAAUUGAUUCCUUGUUAUCCUAUCCUUCUAUCAUUCGUUGGCCAUCUGUAGUUUUUCAACUUUGUAAUGAUUUAGCUACUGCCUCGGUGAGUGGGUAA